AUGGCCGAGGGCGUUGCUCAGGCGCUGUACCGGGAGGGUGCGAUCAAGAGCCCUGAUGUCGAAUGGAUCAGUGUGGACGAGGCAGCAAGUUCGUGGCCUCCGCUGUUUGGUGGUAAUGGGGCGAUGGUGGAGCUGGGUCUUUCGAGCAACUCUCGGACGAAGAGCACGGUGGGCCGAGGCAAGGAGAUCUGGCGGGCGGGAUUCACGGAACAAGUCGAGGCGGCGCUGAACAGCAAGCGCCAGCAAGACAGUGUGAAGAGGGCCAAGUCGGGUCUGGCGAUAUGCGCUUAA